CUUGUGCCGGUUCGCAAAAGCCACGACCUCAUCAUGCUUCAUGCACAUGCUGUUUGGCUCUUGACGACUCUGGCAUACGUCCUUCAAUGCUCGCGGUACGCAUUGGCAUGUCCGUCUGAAUGUUUUUGCUUUGGCUCCACUCGCGUGACCGUGCACUGUGAGUUUCGCAAUCUGUCGUCUGUGCCGCAAUACAUUCCUUAUCGAACCACUCACUUGUUCUUAAACGGCAACAACUUUCAGCUCGUGACCGCCGAUAUGUUUCGUGGAUACACCAAGAACGACCGAGGCGAAUGGAACGACGGGCCCGUGCCGCUCUUCCAGCUGCGCGAAAUCAAGCUCGACUUGAAUCCGAUGCCCGUGGUGUCUGAAUUUGCAUUUCAAAACUCCCCGUCCCUUCAACUCAUAUAUUUGCCGUUUUACGUGCAAAUCCAGCAUCAAGGGCUGUCGGAAAUGCGACUAGACAAGGCAUCGUUUGACGGGUUUACGCGAGUUCCAGUACAUCCCCUGGAAGACCCAACCUACGUGGCAUUCUCUCGGUACCCCCCCCAAUAGUUAGUCUAGUGCCUGGCUUGGCGGAAGCGCAAGUAGUACAGCAUAUACGACACGGCGGAGACAACGAUGGCCGCAAGUAGGAGCACCAGUCGACCGUGGAAUCUACCGCAAGCCUCAGUAUAUAUAUAUAUACUGUAUAUCGUGA